GCGGGCGCGGCGGCGGCUCCGGCCGGGUCUGUCGGGGCGAGCGGGAGCAGCGGCGGCACCGCGCGGCCGAGAUGCCGCUCUUCGCCCCCAACCCCUUCGAGCAGGACGUGGAGAAAGCUACAAAUGAAUACAACACCAGUGAGGAUUGGGGGCUUAUCAUGGAUAUAUGUGACAAAGUUGGAAGCACUCCCAAUGGAGCCAAGGAUUGCCUUAAAGCCAUCAUGAAGAGAGUAAAUCACAAAGUUCCCCACGUGGCUUUGCAAGCACUCACACUUUUAGGAGCCUGUGUCUCAAACUGUGGGAAAAUAUUCCACUUGGAAGUGUGUUCCCGGGACUUUGCCACUGAAGCUCGAGCUAUAAUAAACAAGGCUCAUCCAAAAGUGUGUGAAAAGCUGAAAACCCUCAUGGUGGAGUGGUCAGAAGAGUUCCAGAAAGACCCACAGUGUAGCUUAAUAUCUGCAACCAUCAAAUCCCUAAAGGAAGAAGGGGUCACUUUCCCUGCUGCUGGAUCCCAGGCUUCCACCAGUGCUGCUAAGAAUGGCUCCUCAUCCAGUAAAACCAAAGAAGAUGAGGAUAUAGCUAAAGCUAUCGAAUUGUCUUUGCAAGAGCAGAAACAACAGCAAAUAGAAACCAAAUCCUUGUACCCAUCUGCAGAAAUCCCACAAAACCCUCAGAGCCUGAGGAAGGUGCGAGCUCUGUAUGACUUUGAAGCUGUCGAGGACAAUGAGCUCACCUUUAAAAGUGGAGAAAUUAUUUUUGUUUUGGAUGACAGUGAUGCCAAUUGGUGGAAAGGGGAGAACCACAGAGGAGUGGGGCUGUUCCCAUCCAAUUUCGUGACCUCUGACCUGACCGUGGAGCCCGAGGCAGCAGCUGUGGAUAAAAUCUCUGUUCCUGAGGACACUGCAGAAGAAAUUAAGAAAGCAGAACCUGAGCCAGUUUAUAUUGAUGAGGAUAAGAUGGAUAAAACACUGCAGGUGCUUCAGAGCAUAGAUCCCACAGAUUUAAAGCUUGAUUCUCCAGAUCUGCUCGACUCAGAAGAUAUCUGCCAGCAGAUGGGUCCAAUGAUAGAUGAAAAACUAGAAGAGAUAGAUAGGAAACAUUCCGAGUUAUCCGAGCUGAACGUGAAGGUUCUGGAAGCUCUGGAGCUCUAUAACAAACUGAUGAAUGAGAGCCCCAUGUACUCAGCCUACUCCAAACUCCAGCACCCUGCACAGUUCCCACCCUCCUCCUCUGGGGUCUCCGUGCCGUCGUAUCCUGUGCAGCCUCCCAGUGGGAAUUACAUGAUCCAGGGAGUCUCCAUGUCCCCAGGAUACAGCCUGGCCCCGGAGCAGGUGGGCCAGGUCAGGUCUCUGCCUCAGAGCAUCAACUCUGCAGCCACUCAGCCACCUCCAGCUGCUUAUUUAAGCCCCGGCCCCGAUCCCGCGCUGCCGCAGCCCUUCCCGAGUGUCCCCAGCGCCGGCACCGCCCUCCCAGCUGCCGGCACAGCUGCCUUCCCCCAGCACCAGAUGGGCAUGGCCGUGGACAUGGCAGCAUUCCAGAGCAACCAAGGACCAGGUUAUCCCGUGGCACUUCCUGCUCAUUCCCUGCUCCAGCAACAAACAAAUUACCAUCAGCAGCCUCUGCUUUAAACAGGCAGCGUUGAGGAGCGGCCGCCUGACCCAACGAUCUUCGUGAAGCCCUGCCAUGGAUAUCCAAGUGCAUUUUCCUUUCAAAUAACCCAACUCGCUGCGUUAGGGUGAUGCAGAGUAAAAAUAGGCACCAGCUCUGAUGGUUAUUUGCAUAUUUGCAUCCUGAACUAGAUUAGGGGAUGGUUUAAAAUAAUUCCAGAUUCCUCCGAGUCCCUUUUUUUUUCUCUCCUGCGCUUUCAAGAAAUGCCACUUGUGAAUCUUGAAAGAUUGUCCCAAAAUAAUUCUCUUUUCAAUGUGUUUCUGGAAGCUUGAGGAUGCUGAGACACUGUUGCUUUGCUCUGGUGUCUUCUGUAAUCCCUCUAUCCCAGUGGCUCUAGGGAAUCUCUGCAGUUCGGAGUCCCCUUCCCUCAGCCGAAGGACGCGCUGUGGAAUCCGAGCGAUCCCUGGGUCCAGCUGGAAGAGGAAGCGGUGCUGCUGAGGGCCACAUCCCUGUGGAAAUAUGAAAAAGAGGGGUUUGACAGUGCUGCCUCUAUGUUUUGGAAAACGCAGAGAACUGCUGUGUUUUCCUUGAGGAAAACAAGUUUUCCUAGAAUUCCCUGGUGUCUCGGCAGAGGUGGCACUGCCAGCACGAGGCUCCUUGGGAAGAGCAGGCAGGGGAUGCUCCCAGCUGCCUGUGUGGGCACUCCGUGGAUCCAAGGUGCUGAGCCAGGAACUUGCACAAAACCUCUUCCCAGUUUUCCUUUUUGGAUGGAUGUAGAAGUGAAGGAGUGUUAUAAUUCCUUGUGGGAAAGGAGGGGGCUGGAGAAUGUUUGAAGCUGCUGAAGACUGUGAGGAUCUGUUCCCUUUCCAAGGGGGAGCUGAGUGGAACAGGAAUCGUCUUGAUGGGACCAGGGGGUUCUGCCUCUCUUGGAUUUCCUUCCUCUGCCGCUGUGUCCGUGUCUAAACAAGCACUGACCCAGAGGAGCUCUUACACCACUUGGGAAAGGGGGAUUUAAGGAGGCACAUGCCAUGUGCUGGUGGGUGGGAUUGGGCUCCUGAGCACAUGGAAAAUGAGAGCCAUGUCCCUGGAGAAGGGAUUGCCUCGGAGCUGGGGACGUGUGGCAGUUGGUGGCUGAGAAAAGAAACCCAAGAAUUUCUUCCCUGAUGCACUUUUUAAAGGGUGGGGUUUGUCCUAGGGAGCACAUGAGCUGGAUUAUCCUUUGGGAAUGUGGGAUUUCUUUCUUUUCUUGUUUUAACUGCUGGGAGGGAAAAAAAAAAAAAUCACUUCAUCCUCCUAUUUACCUCCUCACUGGAGCAUGGUCACAUUUAUCCUGCUUUUAACAACCUCUGGUGAGUGAUAAUCUUGGUUUGGGGAAAUAAUGGAAGCAAAUCACUGAUAAAACCAUCUCCAUUAAAAGCAGGAAGCUCCCAGAUGUCUAAAUAAGCAUUUUUGAUGUGUGAGUUUCAUCCCAGAUUGGAACUCCCAGGCUGCUGAGUGACAAAACCCACCCUUCACUCAGCACCUCCUCGUUUUAUUUAAUUAUUUCCUAUCUUGACCUUAUAUUCACUUGCAGCCUCAUGCUCAUGCAAGAAGUGUUCAGCACCUGCUCUUUAAAUCACUUUUAAUUAAAAUGUGUGCAAUUGGAAGGAGGAUUUUUGUCUUUCCUUUGGACAUGGCUUUAAUUUGUCUCGAUCCUUCCCCUGGAUGUAGCUCAGUACAAAUAACACACGUGGCAAUACUGAAGCAUUUUGAUAACUUGUUCCUUGUGUCUUUUGAGGAAAUGAAUUGAUUUCAAUGCUGCUGUUCCAAAUUCUUAUUGUUUGGAGCUUUUAUUUGUCGGAGUUUCCUUUGUUCCCCGUUGCUUUGUGGUCAAACUAAACCUUGUUCUCGUUGCUAUAAAUUCUCCGUGUUUGUCAGGAAAUUGAGAUUGGUGUUUUUUUGGAUUCUGAGCUUUGGGCCAAGAGGAAUCUUCAAAUUGAGCCAGCCAGAUGUGAUUUGCUGAUGUUAAUUGUUAAGUAUAAAUAAUGUAUAUACUCAUUUGUCUGAGAUUUUCUACACAGCUCCACACAUGCCUGAACUUUUAUAAAAGCAGGAUUUGUCCUUCUGUCACCUCUUCUAUUCCUAACUCCGUGAUAUGCAACUUGUAGAUAGUGUAAAAUAAUUUAAUUAUUAUUAAACCGGUGUAUUUAGAGGGGGUUGGUGUUUCUCUUCAUACUUCUAGACAUGAUCAUAUUUAUUUUUAAGGCCUGAUUGUAACUGAACAUGCUGCCAAAGGAUUUCUCUAACUCCAGAUUUCUACCUUAGGUUUCUACCUGCUGUUUUCUAUCAGGAAUUCAGGGUGGAGAACUCCUGCUUUUUCAUAUAAACCCUUAACAUAGGAACCUGGGCGACUUUCUAAUGACACUUUUAUUGUGAUAGAUUUGUUUCAUGGGUGUUAAAUAUCACUGUUAGAUCCAUUUCCUUCGGUGGGAGCUGGGGACCUGUUGUGUCUGUUCAAUUUGUCACCCCACACGGAGUGGUCUGAGGGGUUGUGCUCUGUCACCUGGCGUCACCCACGCUUUGUCCCUCCAGUUGGCUCCGGAAAUAAUGUUAAAAAUCAGAUUGUUGAAACCUUCCAA